UGAGGACCUAAAGUCAGUAGCUAGACCACCAACUCAUGAGAUCAACCAUACAAGCUACAUUGGAGCCAGCAGCGACAUAGGUGCACUCAAAGAAGGAUAUCUUUGCAACCAUAAGGAAUUUAACCGUGAAACCAGUUUCUAUAGAUUCUCAACUCAACCAGAGCACGCAGCGAAUUGGUUUCAUACCAAAAAGAGUAAUGGUUUAGGAGAUAUGCCAGUUACAAGUCAGACUAUCUACACUACAUCCGAAUUGGUUCUAAUUAAGGAAAGUAAUUCUUUGCUUAAGGAGUGUGCAACUCAAACUCACGUGUGGAAACCAGGAGAUUAUUCAUUACAUCUAAGAGCAGUGGGAGAGUUUCUACCAUGCACCAGCAGCCACAUGAUCAAGAUGAAUCCCUUAUUUGUCAACUUACCUUACAUGGAUGCAUUCACACUUGGAGUUAUUGAAGACCAACGGCUCUUUCCCCUUCUGUUCAGGCACGACUUAGAGACUAUCCAGACAUCAAAGGAGAUCCCACGGAUGCAUUUAUUUCUGCCCAAACUCACAAGAUACAAGGAGAGAAUACAACUUCCAUACAUGGACAGAUUCUGCACCAACUAAGUCCAACGGCUAGUUUUUCACUUAUUAUUUCUUUCCAAGUUAUUCUUUUAGGCAUUUGUGUUCUUUUCUAUUUAAACAGAGCUAAGUCUCAUUUGUAAAUCACCCUUGCACGAAAUUAAUAAAGUAUUAUUCAGUUUACAAAGUUUGUCUUUGUUUUGUUCAAUUAGUCUUUAGGUGGAUUCCUUUAGAUUUCUUGUUCGUUUGCUUGUCUCCUUAGUUUGUGGAUUCAUUCUAGGAUACAAGUGUAGGUCUCUGUCUUUGUGUGGAUUCACAUUGGCGCAGGCUUCUGGUCUUAUCAAAGGGAUACUUCCGCAACCCUUUGUGGCGACAAUCGAUCCAUUCAAGCUUGACAACUCUUGUUGCCUUGUGAUCUAGCCUUUGUUAGCUUAGGCUUGUAUCAUUUUUGGUAUCAAAGCUUAAAGCUCCUAUCCCCAGGUUGUGUUCAUCCAACCCUUAUCUCUUUUAAUUUUGUUUUGCAUUUUGUUUUUCAUUUAGUUUUGUUUUGCAUAAUCAUAUAAAACCUAUAAAAAGUCACAUUUGUUUCUGUUGCAUCUUGUUUAUCUUGUUUCUAUUUCAUAAAAUCAUAAAAAUAAAAUUGUUUGUCAUUUGUUGCAUUUGUUGCAUUUAGUUCUUUAGUUCUGUCAAAAAUAUUAAAACCCAUAAAAAGUUGUGUUCUUCAUUUGUUCUUCAUCCUGUCGAUUUAAUUGUUUCUUAGAUCCAUAUCUUAAAAAAAAAAAAAAAAAAACAUAAAAGCUGUUAGAAUUAAGUUAAUAUCCGAGUUUCCAAAUUUUGGUGGAGUUUUUGAAAGUUUUCCUUCUUCUGGUCAACCGAAACUUAUUCCUUUCCAAAAGAUUUUUGUUUACUUGCAAACUUUAUUAAAAAAAAAAAAAAAAAAACAUAAAAGCUGUUAGAAUUAAGUUAAUAUCCGAGUUUCCAAAUUUUGGUGGAGUUUUUGAAAGUUUUCCUUCUUCUGGUCAACCGAAACUUAUUCCUUUCCAAAAGAUUUUUGUUUACUUGCAAACUUUAUUAAAAAAAAAAAAAAAAGAGGAAAUCAGAAAUUGCCCAUUUUGUUUAGUAUUUAGUUUCUUCUUCUUUCCUUUAACUUUGCUAGUCACGUUUUCUUGUUUAAUCACUUGAUUCAGAAUACUUUCAUCUUCUUCUUGAGAUAUUUAAUCCUUAACUUGGUAGACAUGGCGACUGAAGAAGAAGCUGAUGAGUACAAUAUUAAUGAAGUUGAUUGGGGUGAAGAACCGGGAUACUCAUGGGAAGAUCAAAACUAUGGAGAUGGCUCUGAAGAAGAAGCUGAUGAGUACAAUAUUUCUGAAGUUGAUUUGGGUGAAGAACCGGGAUACUCAUGGGAAGAUCAAAACUAUGGAGAUGGCUCUGAAGAAGACGACCAGUGUAGAGAGUCAAGGGCUGAAGAUGGAUAUGAGGAAGGACCAUGUCGUGGGGAGCUUGAUUCCAAGCCACAAGACCACUACAAGAACCAUACCAUCAACAAGAGCUAUUCUAAACCUUGGUUAAAAUUUACUGAUAAAUUUUAUGACUAUAGUCCAACAGUUUUCACCAAAACACUUGUGUCUUUUUCAGGAAAAGAGAACUACUCCAGAUGGGAGGAAGACAUGGAAAAUUAUUUUUGGGAGUACAAAGUUCCUGAACAUAAGAAGCUGUCCAUAGCCUUAGACACCCUUGUAGGAGAAGCUUACCAAUGGUGGCUUCAAGAGGAAGAAUGUCGCAUCUACUUCAAGGAACCAACCCCACACUGGGAAUAUGUCAAAGAGCUGAUGUAUGAACAUUUCGAGAUGAGGAGAUUACCCCCUAGAACCUGUCCUAAACGUUUUGUUAAACUGAAACCGAGACAACUACAUGAGCGUGAGGUAACUUUAACUUCUCACUAUAAUUCAUAUGAUCAGUUUCGUUUGUAUAAGUUUUCAGGAAAAGGUGAAGACCCUAGAAACUAUCUUCAGUGGGAAGAGGACAUGGAAAGGUACUUCAAGUGCAACUCCAUUCCAAAAGGAGAAUACUUGUCCUAUGGUCUAGGACAGCUCACUGAAAAGGCUCAACGGUAUUGGAAAAGAGAAGAGAAGUAUAGGGAACAAUUUCAAGAGCCUCCUAUACGCACUUGGGAGCAAUUCAAAGGGAUCAUGAGGGAUAGAUUUGCACCUUACAUCCCUACACAACACGCUCAGAAGGUGUCUACAAAGAGAGUAGUACAACCCCAAGUCUUGCAGCCGGCAAACCAGAGGCAAAGCUCAAAACCAGUGCAUACACCUCAUGUAAAGCACAACCAAGGUGAGUACUCUAAAUCUUUAAAACCACCUGAGGUUAUUUGUUAUAGGUGUCAAGGCCAAGGUCAUCUUGCAAAAGAUUGCCCCACAAAACGAGCAGUGAAGAUGGCACUACGUGAAGCAAGAGAAACCAACUUGGAGGUAAGUGAUUCCUUUACUAGAAUAGAUAAAAAGUUUGAUGAUCUUAUCAACUUGAUUAAAGCUGGAUCUAAUUCUGUUUCUAGUAAUUCCAUGACUGUCUUAACACACUUGUCUAGCGCCCAAAAGGUUGAAAGUAUUUCAGGUACUAACAUAGAAAUCAAGGAACAAGAACCCAACCCUGCUGCGCAAUCAAGUCCAACACUUGAUAAGAAUGUUGAUAAAGGUCUAGGUAAUGAGGAGACACGUACAGAAGCUAAACAACAACAGAAUAAUGAGCAAUCUACCCUAGAGACCUCUACACCAGCUGAUCAUGCUUUAGAGGUAGUAAAUACCAAAGCUGAAUCAAUGCAAGAUAACCAGGUACAAUGGAGAAGCAUCCAGAACCAAACUCACAACCUUACACCCAAGCAGUGGUCAAUGGAGAAACCAAUUGUGAAAUAGGAGAUUUCGAAAAGGAGACCACGAUCCUUCCAAGGGAAAUCAUAGACCGACCAUGGAAAGGGGGCCUAGCUUCCCUACUGAUCAAAGAAGAACCACCAGUUGGACAAUGCAUCACAAAACCGUGCAUAUACCAAGGUAAGACCCUAGCCUCCCAAAUUAGAAUGAAACCUAACUUGCUCUAUCUUGGUGCAGGUAAAUUGGUUUUGAGGACAAAACCUUUUGAAGAGGGAG